AAUUGUUUACUUCACAUAGCGUGAUCCGCACAUGUGCGUAGUUCACGUACAAGCUGCAGAUAUUUCUUCAGUAGGCGAAAAUACUCCCAUCUGAGACUCAACAACGCUUUGUAAAAUGUAUGACCACAUGGAGUGACCUGAGGACUACAGACGUUUUUGGCAAGUUUCAUUUGGACGGACUUUAAUUGCAUCUCGACCUUUUUUGCAGCUAUUUUAACAUGUGGUUCAGCAGCUCUACCCACCAGCACAAGUUUGUUCUUGACUGGUGCCGAAAACUGUCCAGACCAGUGUCCUCUAUGGGGCCUCCAGCAGAGACUUCCCACCUGAGCCCAGAGGACAGAAACCGGGACCCUGCGUUCAAAAGGCGCCACAGAGGGUCAAAUCCCUCCACUGCUCCACAUCACCCUGCUGUAGCUGAAAGGAUAGCAGAUCGUAAGAGGUCAUUCAAGGAUAAAUCCUCAAAGAAUGAUAUCCCACCACCACAGAAUCAUGGGAGGGGGGGGGUCUUCAAGGUAUCGUCUGAGCUUAGGAAACUGAGUCUGGAAGACUUCCCUGCAGACAAAGAGAGGCAGCUGAGACCAAAGCAAGAAGAUACAGCUGAUGUUGUCUUUGGCAUUGCUCCUUGUAUUCUGGCUCUCACUCAGGGGAGAAGGAAGGUCUACCAACUGUUGGUUAAAGAUGGUGAGACCUCUCUGAGGGCCUCUGUCUUAUCGGUAUGUGAGGAAGCACAUCGACGAGGGGUACAAGUCAGUCGGGUCAGCAAGAAGGAUCUGGACAAGAUGUCCUCUGGAGGAGUACAUCAGGGAGUAUGUCUGCGAGCCAGUCCCCUGAACUUUCUCACCUUUGACUCUGAAUCCAACACAAGUGGGCAUGGCAUCCCUCUGUGGCUGGUCCUGGAAAGAAUCCAGGACCCGAUGAACCUGGGCGCCAUCCUGCGCUCUGCUUAUUUCCUCGGCGUGGACAGGGUGAUCAGCAGUCUUCGCUAUAGCUGCCCGCUGUCUCCCGUGGUCAGCAAGGCCAGCUCGGGCGUCAUGGAGGCCAUGAGGGUGUAUGGGUGUGACAGCCUGGAAGACAUGUUGAGGACGAAGGUGAAACAGGGUUGGCAGGUGGUUGGGACAGUGGGAGCAGAUCCGGAGGAGUCCCGGAUUCCUGUUGCCUCUUGUUCGGACUUUCAGGUGACGAGGCCGACGAUGCUGCUGAUGGGAAGCGAGGGGGAAGGGCUCUCCGGGAAGCUCCUCUCCGUGUGCCAAACCCUACUCACAAUCCCAGCUGGUAGAGACUUGGCACCCGGAAUUGAGUCUCUGAACGUCUCUGUGGCCGCAGGCAUCAUGCUGCACUCUCUGCUCACAAAGUCCAGAUGUUUGUCGCAGAAGAAAAGUAGACCUUAAUGCGCUGGUAAACAAUGUCUGGGUGAAACCUGAAAUUAUAAAGCUGGUGAUUUACUGGUAUUAUUAUCAAUAAACCUUUUCCAAAAACUAAAAGCAUCAGUAUAUCUUAAUAUAAUUCAUGCAAACUGUAUCCAGUUUAUUAGUACAAAACAAGAUGGAGAAAAAUUCAGAUUAAUUUCACAAAAAAUAACAAAACAAAAAAAAAACACUUUCCCUUUUUGUUCUUUCGGGCAUACUGUGCUUGUUCUUGUACAUACUGUACAUAGAAAUUAAAAAAGAUUCAAAGGCAAAUCAGUUUAUUACUGCCAGCUGUAUCUUUCUCACCUACUUAAAUUGAAUCUGCAAAACUGGCAGCUUAAUUAGUUCCUUCAUAAUUCUCUUCUUACAUUUGAAUGAUUUGUAUUAAUAUUUAUCAAGAAUAAAUGUGGGGAGGACUUAGCGAAGAGAUUCACAACUUUUUUCGACAGUUUCACAGAGAGAGCAUAUAUAACAUGGAAGUUAAAUUACACAUGGUUUGCAAACCUUCUUACAAAUAAAAAUCUAAAAUGUUA